CUCCCUCCCUGCUUGCCUCCCUGUGGGCGUCAUCGACCGACGCAAGCAGCAACGAAGGGCGAACAGUCGACGUCGGGCUUGUGUGUUGCUCCUAAAAAGAGAAGGUGGACGCCACACUCCAGUGUGGUGACGAUGCACACCUCACACAUCACCUCGCAAUUCUGACGCCUGGUUGUGGGAUGGGGCGGUCUUCUUCACGUUCGUCGGUUCCGGCAUCGUAGAGAAGGCCGACGAAGUUGAAUGUUCAACUUGAACUUGUCAAGUUCGCCAAAUGGGGGCUCUGUGAGGAAGCUGUGUCGGCGUGGCUGGCCGUCGUGUCGGCAUUGAACCUCAGCUGAAGCCUGGGCGGUGCCGAGGGGACGAGGCGCGAGGACGGUCUCGGUGACGCCUGGUUGUGGGAUGGGGCGGUCUUCUUCAUGUUCGUCGGUUCCGGCAUCGUCACAUACAACAAAACUUGAAUGCCAACAAAUUCUCGUGAUGGGGGCUCGGUCGCAACUUGCUCGGUCGUGGGGGCAACCCGAUCCACUGAACCAGGCCAGCAAGCGAUUCAAUUGAUAUUCACUGUGAUGGUUCGUGGCUCUUCUGUACCCGAUUGAGGCCAUCCAGCGGUCCUUGUGACCUCUGCAAUGCUCUCCACACGCUUUAGCAGACAGCCACAAACUUAACCAGGGCUUUGAAGGGUUGCCGACGGCCAACGCGUUGAAUGGAUAAUCACUUGCAGCCGAUAUAAAAAGCAGGCAGCGAUUGAGACGUCUGACGAGCAAAGACACACAGAACACCGGCGAGUCACAUCUUGGAUGAAUGUCUCCUCAUGUCUCCCCUCCUUCUCUCGUGCUCACUCUGUAAAGGCCUCUCCAUCGCUGAUGGGGCGGAUUGCAACACCAUCUCUAUGAAUGGCACAAGCACCGUGAAGCACGCAGCCCACGGCAGCUGGGAAAAAGAAACAAUGGCGCUACACACAGUGAUUGGCCCUAUCUCUCGUCCAAACACGAUAUCGAUUGCAGUGAAGCGCAUGUGUGUGUGUGUGUGUGUGUGUGUGCUUGUGUGUGUCACCCACCUUCUGGUAGAUGGCCAAGGCCUCCUGGUAGAGGUGGCGCUGCUCGGGCCGUCGCAGUUGUCGAGGCGGUGGAUGUAGCCCAUCACGCGCCCCUUGUCGGCCUUGAUGGCCGUCAGGAUCAGCAAGUUCUGCAAUUUGCGGAUGCCUGAGAAAUCUGCACCAACCACAUAAGCAGACACAUCACACCACACAUGGGCAGGAGGCCCUCUGUGUGUGGUCUGUCAGCCCCCGCUCACCGGAGCUGUGGAUUACCAUCUUCUCGAGGGGCUCGAUGAGCUCCUGCGGCAGGUCGGCCCUGUUAAAGGCCUCCACCGUGGCAGCGACCUCGUCAGGACUGCGGCUCCUGACGCCUUGGCGAACGAGGCCCCAAAGGUCCUGGCUUUGCCGCUGCACCAGGUACCUCGCCUGCAUCUGAAGGAGGCCGUUCUUGUUGGUCAACUCGACCAGCUCCUUGUCGCACGACCCCCCGGCACGCCUGUAGGCCGUGAAGGCGAGUUGCGCCUUGUUGCGGUCCUCGCAGUACUUGCCAAGCAGCUUGGAAUCGUAGAAAGCGUUAGUUCUGAGGAAGGUCUUGGGGUUUCUGCAGACACAAACAAACACAGGGACUGGUUGAUGCAUUCAUUCAUCCAUUCCUUCUGUGCGUGUGUGUGUGUGUGUGAUCACUGACCUGUGUGUGUCGAUAUAGAUCUUGGCGAGCUGGUUGUGGUGGUCCGGCUUCGGCUGCCCUCCGCAACUCGCUCCUCCAGCCAGUCCACCAGACGCACUGCACGCAGGACAGACACCACACAAAUGGCACAAAGAUGCGGUCAUCCAUCCAUUUGUCCGUCAGCGUGUGAGCCUGUGAGCCUCUGUGAGUGCAGGUGUGUGGGAGGGUCUCAUGCGUGCCUUCGACACGGAUGGUGCGUUUCUCCUGAAACGUCUUGGGCAGGUCGCGGGCGACGUACCACAGAAUGUAGGCCCCCGAACCUGACACAAACAGAUGCACACACACACACAUGGGCGAGUCUCUCUUGUUGUGCUGCGUCCCCUCCCCUCGUACCCUGCAGCUGUCCCUCAGGCUUGUCGUCCGGCAAAAACUCUGAGGUGAAGUGGUCGUCGAAGCGCACCCACGACUCGAUGCCACCAACCAUCAACUUGACCCAGCUGCCCACCACACACACAAACACACACACACACACACAGAGAGAGAGAGAGAGAGCAAGAGGGACAUACACACAUGUCCGUCCUGCAGUAAUGCCCUGUCGAUCGGUCGGUGUGUCUGUCUGUCUGUCUGUGUGUGUGGCGUCCAGGCCGCCGUCGUGGAUUGUGACGGCGUAGAGAUUGAAGUCGCGGCUAAUGAAGGGACCCUCUGAACACACAACACAUGGAUAGAAGAGGUGAAAGAGAAGGCAAGAGGGUAGAUGUCGAGUGUUCGUCACGAUAUGAAGAGCUUUUGCUGACGGCUUACUUAGGAGCUCCGCUUUUAUCUGAAGACACAGCUCGCUUUCCUGCUGAAUUUCUGAACACAGACUGCCUUUGUGGCUUCCAUACGUUGUCGUCAUUGAAUUUCUCGGCCGGCUGCAAGACACAAAGAUGAAUUACAUGGUUUUUUCAGUCUGUCUCUUUUUCUCGCUUUUUUCCGUCGGCCCAAGGGAUCGCGUUUCUGGAAAGCAGCGGGCAGGGAAUCCGACGUGCACGUAAACACCAGACUCACCCACCUUAAGUGAAAUGCGUCGAGAAAGAGAGACGGGAAAAAAGAGAGAGCCACCAGUUCAUCUGCACGUACAAACACGGCAAGAGGAGGCAUCUGAGCACACCCAUGGCAACGAAAUGCACCAUGCAUUCAUCCCUACACUUCAUCCACACACCACACCAUCACCACACCCAAGAGACAGACGCACAGGCCGCAUUCAUAUGGAUUUACCUGACGGAGUCGGUUUGGGCGAAAAGAAGGCGCCUGGGCACUUGGCUGACGCCAGGCAGGCGCCAGCCGCUCCGCAGAAGGCAGGGCGCCAGCAAACGAGGCCUCGCCCGGGGCACGGCGGUGGAGGAAAAAAGUGGCGGAUGAAAUCCGGACGAGUUGGGAGGGGUACAGGGAGAUGCGGCGGACAACACAAGCCAACAACCAGCCG